AUGCUGUUCACACACGCAACUGCAGGGCUCCUCCUGGUAUCCCUUGCUGCUGCUGCACCGCCGUCGGCAUUGAAGCGUGCAGCAUCAAUACUCCCUUUGUCGACGAAGGGACGAGACAUAAUCGAUGCGAACGGCGAUGUCUUCCAUUUUAUGUCGACGAACUGGCCUGGUCACCAAGAGAUCAUGAUUCCUGAAGGUCUCCAGCAUUCUUCGGUACAGGACAUCGUAUCGUGGUUUCCCAAGCUCGGUCUCAACUCAGUCCGCCUGCCGUUCGCGAUCGAGAUGGUGGAUGAUUACCUCGAGAACAGCCCAGACCAAACUCUUGAGAAGAGCGUUUUGAACGCAAUUCCGGGAACGAACGGAACAAAUGUCUUGAACUCGAUUCUGGAGAAAAACCCACAGUUUACCAGGAACACAACAAGACUGCAAGUGUGGGAUGCCGUUGGCAAGGAGUUGUCGCGCCAAGGCGUCAUCAUUCACUUGGAUAAUCACGUAUCGAAGGCAUUCUGGUGCUGCGGCGAUGACGACGGUAAUGGCUGGUUCGGCGAGAAGUAUUUCGACGUGGAGAAGUGGAAGCGAGGUUUAGCUUUCAUGACGAAGCAUGCGAAGGAGAACUGGUCAACGUUCGCUUCGAUGGGAUUGCGCAACGAGCUGCGAGCUGCCAAGGUAUCUGAGCCCGUCGAUUGGUAUACGUGGUAUAUCCACAUGACUGCCGCUGCCGAUGCCGUUCACGAAGCGGAUCCCGACGCCUUGAUAUUCUUCUCUGGACUCUCGUACGACACGUACAUUGACCCAAUCCCUCUCGGCAAGACACUCAACGGUACCACUGGCACGUCAACCGCCAACAAGACUGCCAAGUUCGUCCCGGAUAGCUUUGCUUGGAGGGAAAAGAUCGUCCUCGAGAUCCACAAGUACGACUUUGAAGCGACCCAAGAUGACUGCGCGACCUUCAAGAGGAAGUGGUACCAGAAGGGCUUCCAGGCGGUGAACCCCGAUGACCCAGCGACCAAGUAUACCUUCCCGAUGGUCAUCUCCGAAUGGGGCUUCAUUCAUAACGGAACUUACUGGAACCAAACUACUUACGCUAAAUGCUUGGCAGAGAUGGUGAAGGAGUAUCAGGUUAGCUGGCAGCAUUGGGAGCUGUCUGGUAGCUUCUAUCUCCAGACGCGUCCGAACAGAACGCCCAACACAAUCAUUGGGGCAGACGAGGCUUGGGGACUGUUGAACUAUGAUUGGACUGCCAUUCGAUCGCCCAUCACCUUAGAGAACAGCUUGUACAAGAUGAUUGAGGCGCUGAAAUGA